AUGAUCCCAUGUACACUAGCAUCGAUAGCGUGUGGUGGUCGACAGGGACUCGACAAGAAACCGGCGAACGAAGGCGAGCUUCCGCGGCUAGAUCAGAGGGCCGAGAGCCUGGCCGUGGCCGUGGGCGGCGGCGGCGGCGGCGGCCAGUUCACGUAG